AUGAAGUGCCAUUUCACCGCCCUUUUGGCCUUGGCUUUUGCUUUCGUCAGGGCUUACCCCACACUUGAUACCACGUCAAAAUCCAAGCAAGUUUCAGCUGUGGUGAUAUUCGGUGAUAGUUAUACCGACGAAGGCUUGACACGGUAUAGGCCAGGAUCAAACGGGGAGGUUGGAGAACCGGGUGCGGUCUUGUCAACUGGGGGCCGCGUUUGGCCUGAGUAUGUGAAUCAGUACUCUGGUGUGAAGAUCUACGACUACGCGCGAUCUGGAGCAGUGUGCGACUCAAUCUUCUCUCCAACCUCGCGAAACGGAGUGAAACAAGAUCAGAUUCCAUCCUUUCUUGCAGACAAUGAAUAUGUCAAUAGUACGGGUCAAAGGGUGCUUGACAACCCUAGUGCCGAGACUGUUUAUGCAAUCUGGAUAGGCACAAAUGACCUUGGAAACGGGGUCUUUUUUACAGAUAGUCAGCCAAAGGGAUUCCCUUUGACCAAGUACACUGAUUGCGUCUUCGAGCAGCUUGACCGCUUAUAUGAUAUUGGCGCACGAAACUUUGUCGUUAUGAACAUCGCGCCCUUGAAUCUGACCCCCCAAUACGCCCUUCCAGAGAACGGCGGAGUCACCAAUUCGAGAUACUGGAAAGAUAAAAGCCAGUUUAAUUCAAAUCUCAUACAAAUCAGUGAAACUAUGCGGGAAUAUAGCAUAUUAGUCAAUGGGAUAUACAAUUACAAAAUUCCCUAUGAGCUCAAGGUCGCGAACAGGUACGCGAAAAGCCAAUUCACUCUUUUUGAUGUUCAUUCUCUGAUGUCUGAUAUCUGGAAUCGUCCGUCUGCUUAUCUCAAUGGGACAGUGCGGUUGAAUGUUACCGGUUAUGCCGCUGGCUGUUCAACUUCUGUUUGUACCUCAAAGUCAAGCUGGGAUAGUUAUAUGUGGUACGAUGAGCUACAUCCUUCCGAACAAACUGAUCGUAUUAUCGCAAGAGAGUUUGUGGAAGUCCUGAAGGGAAGGAGUAAGUGGGUGACGUAUUGGCAAGACUCCUAG